CAUAAAAAUUGCAGCCGUCUCCUUUUAUAUUUUUCACACUUUUAUUUUCUCCGUCCCCUGGUUAUAGAAAUCUUUAAAUUAUUAUUUUCUUCCUCUUUCCCACUCUUUUUCCCGAGAAAAUACCUUCAUCUUUUUAUUUUUAUUUUUAUUUUUAUUGUCCCCCUGCCCCACCCGACAAGCGAGAGUUUUUUGAACGCGCACAGCACACCAAGGCACGAAACUGAAAAAAGGCAUACCAAUAACGACUCCAAGACCAAAUAAUCGUCAAGAACUUUUUAGCCAUUUUGAUUUCUAGGGUUUUUUGUUUGGAGGAAUCGGGCUCUUAGGUAGAGAAGGAGGUGAAUUAGAAGAUCCGAUGGCAACGCAAGGGCAGGCGUCGAUGGACCCUGCCGUACUGGAUGAUAUCAUCAAACGGCUAACGGAGGUCCGAUCAGCGAGGCCAGGUAAGCAGGUGCAGCUCUCGGAGGUUGAGAUCAAACAGCUUUGUUUGGCUUCUCGAGAUAUCUUCAUGCAACAGCCUAAUUUGCUGGAGCUGGAAGCCCCUAUUAAGAUUUGCGGUGACAUUCAUGGGCAAUAUAGUGAUUUACUAAGGCUUUUUGAGUAUGGAGGUUUUCCUCCUGAAGCCAAUUAUUUAUUUUUAGGGGAUUAUGUUGAUCGUGGCAAGCAGAGUUUAGAAACAAUUUGCCUUUUGCUUGCCUACAAGAUUAAAUAUCCAGAAAACUUUUUUCUUUUGAGAGGAAACCAUGAAUGCGCAUCAAUAAACCGGAUAUAUGGAUUUUAUGAUGAAUGCAAGCGGCGGUUUAAUGUGAGGCUUUGGAAAUUCUUUACUGACUGUUUCAACUAUCUUCCUGUUGCGGCUCUAGUAGAUGAUAAAAUAUUGUGCAUGCAUGGUGGUCUUUCCCCUGAUUUGACAAAUUUGGAUCAAAUUAGAAAUUUACCUCGACCAACUGCAGUUCCAGACACUGGUUUACUAUGUGAUUUGCUCUGGUCAGAUCCUGGUAGAGAUGUUAAAGGUUGGGGAAUGAAUGACAGAGGAGUUUCAUAUACUUUUGGUCCUGAUAAGGUGUCAGAAUUCUUGACAAAGCAUGAUUUAGACCUUGUCUGUCGCGCACAUCAGGUUGUGGAGGAUGGGUAUGAAUUCUUUGCAGAAAGGCAGCUUGUCACUAUUUUUUCAGCUCCCAACUAUUGUGGUGAAUUUGAUAAUGCAGGUGCUAUGAUGAGUGUAGAUGAAAAUCUGAUGUGCUCCUUUCAGAUUUUGAAGCCGGCUGAGAAAAAAGCUAAAUAUAUGAUGCCAAAUAAAAUGUGACAUUUGCAGCAUCUAUGAUCCAUAUUCUCUAUUAAGGUCAGAGAAACUAAAGGCUGAAACUGAAGAUUGCCAGCUGUGAAUCUUCUGAAAUGUAGGAUUUGAAAGGGUGCUUCUUUAUUCUUAAUUCACUGGUUAUUGGGGGUAAAAUCUUUGGAAAUGCUGUCUCGAUGAUGUGUGGCUUGCCAAAGGCCAGGAUUCAAAAGAAGUUAUCUUUCUUUUUGCCCAUUUUAGUCUCAUUUUCUUGUCCUGUAGUUGCUACGUUUUGGUCCUUCUGUACAUAAAUUUGGCCUGGCAAUUAAAAUUUUUGGUUUUUGGGUUUUGGCACUGCAAUGGUGUCUGCAUUUACCAUCCAAAUUAGCUUUCCAUUUUCCUGUCAAUUAUUAAGGUGCUUGUAUUGUUUAGGCAUAUUCUCAACAAGGAUGGUUAUUUUUAUUUUUAUUUUAAUGGUUAUGUUCGGCCUUUCCACCUGUCA